AUGGCCGCCAAGGUUUCUUUUCUUCUUCCAAUUUUCUUACUAGUUGCUAUCCUGACGGUCUCCUCCACGGCCACGACCCCGAGCUGGGUCCUAGGUGGAGCUCAUGCUCGUUGUCACGGAUCCAUGGCAGAGUGCAUGAAGGAAGAUAUUGAAUUUGAGAUGGACUCUGAGAUCAACAGACGCAUAUUAGCAGAUUUAAACUACAUAAGCUACGAUGCACUCAGGGCCAACUCAGUGCCAUGCUCACGCAAAGGAGCAUCUUACUACAACUGUCAGCCAGGUGCCGAGGCAAACCCCUAUGACCGUGGCUGUAAUGCUAUUUCUCGUUGUCGAAGCUAA